CAUAAAAAAUUUCAACCAGUGCGCACCAGUAUUCCAGAUGGAACAUACAUUAUGUGCACCAGACGCCAACAGUGCAGUCGGUGCACAAAAUUAUUGGUGGAACUUGUUUUAAAAUAUGGUUCAAUUAUAGAAAAUAAUGAGACAGAUUCAAAAGUAUGGAAAUAAAAGGCUGCAACCUGGGAAUUAAUUGAUGGUGCAAUGGUUGUUUCUUCAGGUAUUCAAAGACGAUCAAAAGCAUUAAAAAACAAGUGGGAGAAGAUUAAAAAAAAUGUCAAACAGCGUUUAUCUGAAGAAAAAAAAGAAAUAUAUAUAACUGGUAGGGGUGUUGUCAAAACAUUUAAAAAUAUUGAUUAUUAUGAUAAUAUAUUAGAACUUCUUGGAGUCUCAUCAACUGGGCUGGCUAGUGAUUUUGAUUCCGAUAUUGUUGAUUUAUCCCUGAAUAAUUUGAGACAAACUACUACUACAACUCUUGACAACAAUGAAGUGGAUGAUUUAGUAUUUGUAUUAGAGAAAACUAAUAGUCCAAAUAUGUUUGAUGAUAGUGAGUUCUUCAACCAAACUACACUCAAUGUUGUCACUGUUGAGCAAUUAGAGGUAACACCCAGUACCAGUAGAAAAACUGGGAAAAUUGGACUCCAGCUUCAUUACGCCAGCCAGUUUCUGAUGAAUGAGUUACUGAGAAAAGAAGGUCAUUUUGUAAUUAGUGCAAUAGCAUAUGUAAUAGUAUCAACUUUAGCCAAUAUCCAAAAAGACUGCAUUAAUGAAAACCUUGAAUUUGAUGGUGACCUCGGAAGACUUGAUCCUGUUGUUGCCUUCGUGUACCGUUGCAAGAUGUGCUCUCAUCUUGAACAAAUACUUAAAAAUGACGCUAUUCAGUUGCAAUUUAGAACAGAUGGCCGUUUUGCUGGAGAACAGACACCUCAUGUUGCCGGAAGACACACUGUUAGCUAUGCUGCAAGACAUCAUUAA